CAAUCGCGCACCUCGAAAGUGUCGUAAUCUCGUUGAUCGCGGCUUCUGAAAAGACAAGCACUUGGCGAAGAACGAUUGGAGUCGUGUUGAUCGACACGUCCACACUUUUGUGACACCGGAGAGCAUGGUAUAGACGUCUUCUGACAACUCCGCGCUCUUUUCGUAUCGCAAAAGACCGGCAUCGCCGAUUCCAUCAUGGCAUCUGCUGUAGCAGAGUUGGACGCCGGCCUCCAGGCAAUGCUCGCGUUGAAGCCGCCUGGAGUUUCUGGCUCUCGGAUCGCAAAUAUCACGGCGCUAUGUGUCGCCAACGUCCAGUCCGAAUCCGUCCUCAUUCAGAAACUCUUCACCCAUUUUAAGAAAACACCUGGCACACACAAACUGGGAGUACUCUACGUCGUAGACUCUGUAACGAGGAAGUGGCUGGACCAGGCCAAAGCCCAUGGGCAGACCCCAAGCCUGACAGCGCCAGACGGAACAUUCGCUGCAGGCGUGUAUAGAGUAACUGAACUGAUACCCAUUCUGAUGAACGACAUCAUCGCAACAGCGCCGGAAGAUCAAAAGGAGAAGAUAAAGAAGCUUGUCGAUAUCUGGGAGAAAGGCCAGACUUUCCCUGCUUCCAUGGUCAACUCAUUCAAGGAGAAACUGAAUGCUCCGCGAGGCACGAAUGAAUCGACAACGCCUCCUGGCAGCCCUCCCCCGAACCUGAUGGCCUCACUUGGUUCCAGCAGCAAGCCAACACCACAGCAAAACGCUGUUGUUCCGAACAUCCUGGAUACCUUAGCCAACAUUGCACGCCAAAAUGCGACAUCAGCACAGAGUAAUCCCAGCUUGGCAGCCCCGGCUCCGGCUCCGGUUCCGGCUCCAAUCUCGGCCUCCACUCCGGCCUCUGCAAACCCCCUGUUCAGUACGUCUGGUGCUCCGCCUAGUAGUGGCGCAAUGCAGCCUGCUCCGGUACCUAUGCAAGCGCAGCCAAGUAUGCCGUUCCUGCCAACAUCUCAGCCGGCUGCCCAGCCCGUAAAUGUGCCAGCCCUGCCGUUCGCGUUCCCGCCACCUGUGCCACCCGCACAGGUUCCGCCGGCAGCGCCGGCAGCUUCGGCACAAAGUAAUCCGGCAGCUGCGACGGUGCAGCUUGUUGCUGCGCUGGCCGCCCAAGGUCUUCCGAUUGACAAGAUUGCCAGCGUGAUUCAGAUGAUGGGCCAGGGCGGCGUUGUGCCCCCGGUACCUCCGCCGCAGGUGCCCCAGCCUGCUCAAACCGGGUUUACAGCCCCCCCACUAGGCGGCGCUGCCCCCGGUGCUGCUCCCUGGGAAGUCCCUCGACCUGAUGAUGCACGUGAUCGCAUAGGCUAUCAUGAUGGCAUGAAGUCCCCAAUCCGCUCUCGGGGUAGAUCCAGGUCCCGCUCUCCUCCUCGUUGGGACGGCCGAGGCUCCCCCCGGUCGCGGCCGAAUGAUCGUGGGUUUGACUAUGGACGGCCCGGCUCCCCGCCCGGGCGCGGCCGCCCAGAUGAUAGAGAUCGUGACCGUGGCCGGAGCUACCGCCAGCGAUCGCCUCCCGGUCGCCACGCUGAGAGUCCUCCAGGUAGCAGGGAGCCGUCCCAGCAGGACAAAUGGGUUGAAUACGACAAUAGUCUACCAAGUGGCUGCAUCAAAGUGUACAGCCGUACCCUCUUUGUGGGUGGCGUAACUUGCUCGGAGGGUGAACUGCGCGAGAUCUUCAACCGUUUCGGCCAGGUGCAGACAUGCAUUGUUAACAAGGACAAGAGGCACGCUUUUGUCAAGAUGUACUACCGCAAGGAUGCAGAAAAGGCAAAGACUGCCAUGGAGGAGACUCGCAACCUGGACUACCAACUUAGGACAAGAUGGGGUGUUGGCUUUGGCCCUCGGGAUUGCAGUGACUACCAGAGCGGGAUCAGCGUCAUCCCCAUCCACAAGCUCACCGAAGCUGACCGCAAGUGGAUGCUCACCGCCCCUUAUGGUGGCAGUGGCGGACGCCCAAUUGUGAGUGGUCUGUGCGUUGAGGAACCAGACAUUGAAAUCGGUGCCGGGGUGUCGUCAAAGGCGAUUAGCCGACGGAUGCAAACCGACAAGGGGGGCAAUCACGGCCCCAAAUCGAGUCGGCGCGAGGAUGAGCCUACGCACGGCCGAUGGCGCAGCCGCGACAAGCAGCACCGGGGGAGCGACCACAAGCGUGACGACCGCAAUGACAAGGGAGCCGCUAACGACGAUCCCAUUGUCAUGGACCUGCCGGCGGGAAUUACCAUGGGCCCCAACGGCAUCAAUUACCCGCCGAAUUUUGCUUUCGGCGCCACUACAGCGUCGAACCCUUAAGCUCGUCAUGUCUCCUACAACCCCCAACCGAAUGCUAGAUUCGGCACCACAUUAAUUCUCUCUUUCGUUCAUUACCAUUAUAACUUAGUUCUCGCGGCAUGAAUCCCGUAGCUUGGGAAUGCAUUGCGUACAGGACAGAAUCAGAGGCCGUGGGGCGGGGUGAACUCGGGGUCGGUUUGGUGGUAUGGUUCAUUGAUUCGUGGGCUUUCUCUCCUACUUUGGUGAACCUUGGGCAAGGUACUCUACAGCGGGCGGUUUCUAAGGCGGCUGGCGGGCGGGCGUUAGGGAAGCUCACGCAGGAUGGAAAAUGGGUUGACAUUGAUGCGUUUCUGGCUGAUCAUGACUGCUACGUAGGUAGUUGCAAGCACGCUCAGAGGAAAUAAUUUACGUAGAGAGACGGGCAGAACCACGUAUCAGUCAACCGCUCUUGCUUAUUUCGCAGGACUAGAAGCCAAAAAACAUCGAGUGGGCGUUUAAUCAAACACAGUU